CUGCUUCACCAAAGUCAACAAUAUGGAAUACAAAAAACACGUUACUUACUCUAUUUUCGCUAUUGCGAUGCUUUGGGCUGUUGAUUUUGUAACGGCGUCAAGAGUAAUAGCAGAUAGAAGACUAUCUACGGAGGAAAAAGGUCAUGUUGGACAUGACGCAGAUAUAUGUGCAGACAUCAUAGGAAAAGAAUGGAACAUAACCAAGGAAGGAAAGGGUCCAUGCCAAAAUUUAACUGUGUGGGUGCCUAAGAAAACAGGAUUUACUGAGUUUGUAAAAGUCAACCAAAAAUCAGAAGUUGAAGGUGGAUUCUCCAUAGCCAUAUUCUGCCAUGCGUUACAUUUGUUGCCAUACAAUGUCCAGCCUAUCUUCAGAGCAUUCGUUAAUUCCACUGGUGGAAGAAAUGGUACAUAUGAUGACCUAGUCAAACACAUUGAAGGAAAGAGUUGUGAAGCAGUAGCAGGUGAUGUAACUGUGCGUGCCAAUCGAGCUCAAUACGUUGAUUUCACAAGCGCCUACCUGAGCUCUGAAGUUUAUAUGCUUGUCCGUGCUUCACAUGAAUGGAACCAAACAUUGUGGACUUUCUUAAAACCAUUUACCCCAAGAUUAUGGAUUGCAAUAGUUGGUGUUUGUAUCUACAUUGGACUCGCUGUUGCAAUUUUGGAAUACCGUGUUAGCAACCCAAAAUUUUUAGCCCCAAUUCCUCAAAGAGUCGUAAUGGUAAUCUGGUUUCCUAUUUCGACAUUCUUCUUCCAUGAAGGGAAGAUACAUAACAAGAGCACUAAAGUCGUGCUUGUUAUGUGGCUAAGUAUGAUUUUCAUUAUAGUCCAGAUCUUCACAGCAACUUUGUCUGCAUGGUUGACACUUGAUCAAAUGCGUCCCAAGUUGCCUUCAAGUUAUGAAAAUGUAGGAUACCAGGAUGGUUCUUUCCUAAAAGAUUUUAUAACUCAAAAAUACAAUUGUUCAGACACGAAACUGGUGCCUCUCAAAACAAUUGAAGAAUAUGAAAGAGCUUUAUCCACUCAUAGAGUAAAUGCUAUUUUUCAUGAGCUCCCCUACAUUGAACUUUUUUUAGCUAAAUAUGGCUCUGAUUACAUGAAGUUCGGACCGAUAAAUCAAGAGUCUGGAAUUGCAUUUGCACUGCCUCGUGGAUCUCCUCUAUUACAAGAUUUUUCAAUGGCUGUCAUAAAUGUAACUGAAAGCGAUACUAUGAUGAAAAUGAAGGAAAAAUAUCUUGGAUUUCGUAUACCUGAUGGAUCACAACCUACUGAAGCCCUUCCACAAAGUCUUGACAUUCAAAGUUUUUUCGCAUUGUUCAUGUUAAUUGGAACUUUGACUAUAGUUGCUAUUAUCUACUCAGAAAUUUCACAUAGGGGUGUAAACAACAAAAUCCUACCCGUAUCAACCGAGAAAUAAAACUGUAUUGUCUUUUAUCGUUGAUAUGUUUCGAUAAACGCUAGUAUAGGCAUGUAUAUUUAUUUAGUGUUUUGUUAUACACUUCUCUAUAUUGAAUGUAAGUGGUUGUUUAUGUUGUC